CAUCGCCCUUCGCACAAAAUGGCUGUCGAGGCUCCUCAGGUCACUAAGGAAACAUUGGCCACCCUUGAAGCAUCCCUGCUCAAUACCUCCGGCAAAGUACCGCUGCACAACCGAUUCCGAUCAUUAUUCACUCUAAAAGCAUUGAAGAAUGAUGAAGCAGUGGACAUCAUCACAAAGGGUUUCGCAGAUGAUAGUGCUUUGUUGAAGCAUGAGUUGGCUUACUGCUUGGGUCAGAUGAAGAGGACCUCCGCCCUUCCCGUACUUGAGGCAGUACUCGCGAACGAGCAGGAGGAUCCAAUGGUCAGGCACGAGGCCGCAGAGGCGAUGGGUGCAAUCUCUUCCACCGAGUCCAUCCCAAUCCUGAAGAAGUAUGCUAGUGACUCCAACCGCUCAGUCCGGGAGACUGUCGAGAUUGCCCUCGACAGGAUUGAGUGGGAUCGUUCAGAAGAGGGCCAGAAGGCCCGCAAGCAACUCGAAGAAGCGGAAGACCGGGCGUAUACUUCGAUUGACCCUGCGCCACCGACGUCCGGUCUCCUCUCCGCCAAACCCUCACUUGCUGACGUUUCUGUGGAGGCGAUAAGCGACCUCCGCAAUAAGCUACUUGACAAGAGCCUUCCUCUCUUCCAGCGCUAUCGCGCCAUGUUCGCUCUGCGCAACAUUGGCGCACCCGCGGCCGUGGACGCGUUGGCUGCUGGCUUUUCGGACGACAGUGCCCUGUUCAAACACGAAAUAGCGUUCGUCUUCGGCCAGCUGCUGUCAGCCCACUCUGUCCCGGCCCUUUUGAAAGUGCUGGAGAACACCCAAGAGUCGGACAUGGUUCGUCACGAGGCCGCGGAAGCCCUCGGUGGCAUUGCCACACCAGAGGUUCUCCCGUACCUCAAGGAGUGGAUGCACCGCGAGGACGCUCCACGCGUCGUCCGCGAGAGCUGCCAGGUGGCUCUGGACAUGUAUGAGUAUGAGAACUCGGGCGAGUUCCAGUAUGCGAACGGCCUCGAGACCACAGCGGCUGCUCCAGAGGUCGGCGCAUAGUAAUCCCUAAAACAAGGGCACCUUCCCUCGGACUAUGUAUCUCCGGAAACAUUCUGCUCUCGGGUCGCUUCGGUCGACGCCGACGGUUCGCGAGCUGCGGGGCAACUCAAGGUAUCUGCCAGCAUUGCUCUUUACGUUUAUUCCGUCAGUGGCCCGAUAUAGGUCCGGUAGAUUAUCCCCAAUGCUCUUCAGAAGCGAUGAGCGAAAGUUGAAGCGUCACGGCCGGUGCUCGUCUCAACGAUCAGUGGCCCUGUUGACGUGGAGCUGUGCAAGAUGUCUAAGUAUGACGACGUCCGAUGUUUUUCGCGUCGGCCACGCUCGGACGCGGGCUGUAGUCGGCCGCUGCGGAAUACACGGCGACAUUUUUGGCUGGGAAAAUUCUUCUUUGAGUUCAGAGUAUACGAGACGACACGCGAGUCAUGCCAAGUCCUGGACCUGAGCCAGUAGCCAAUUAGCCUUCCAUUCCU